GACCAUAAUCGCAAAAGGCCCUCCCAGCAAAAGGCACCUCGACCCUUGGCCUUCCAUCCAAACUGCCUCGGGCAGCGCAGCUGCAAGCGUUACAUGUAUAUUGGUGGUUAAAUUACGUAUCAUGUAAGGCUGUGGGCCCAGCAUGCAUUCCUGAGUCCAGGCGGGAGACCAUCGGCGACCGCGCGCGGCUUAGCACCCCUGCUUACGCCAGCUUGGGCGUGGCGCUUAGCGAAGUCAGGAGGUAAGGUGGACUGGGCUGGACGGCAGCCUCCUCAAGCAGCAGGUAUAUGGCGCGCACUGGUUGACAUCUGGCAAUUUUCAGCUGUUGUGCUUGCAGGCGGCAAUGAAGAGCAAGCGGCGACCUCCCUUCUUCUGGGACCAGUACAACGACUGGGCGCGGCAGCAUUAUGACGAAACGGGCAAGAAGCCCAGAGUUGCGACCAUCAAGCAGUGGUUCGACGACAAUGCGGAGACGGUGUGGCCGGAACCCGCACUCCGGCCGACAUUUCUUGAGACGAAGCGCCAUUCGAAGGGCGUGAGGCCCAAAGCGAACAUCCGGGCCUACUUUCGGCGCUACCGCCAGCAGCGCAGGGCAUCGCGGCGGCGGCGGCACCAGCGGCGCUCCUUGGGUUCAGGCAGCGAUGGCUCCGUCAGCAGUGAUUCCUCCAGCGGCAGCGACGAGGACGAUGAGGAUGACGAUGCUGAGGAGGACAACAGCGCUGAGGACUCCGGCACGGACGCUGAGGGCCACGAGGAAGGCGCUUUACGCGUCAAGCACGGGGACACCGAGGUGGCGGAAGGCCGGUCGGAGUUGCGCACUGGGGCAGGCCAGGCAGUACCACGCCGCGCUGCCGCUCCUCGCACUCGGCCUGCCGCCGCCCGGCAGCGGCGACACGGCGGGGCUCAGCACCCCGGCUCAACGCACACGUCUAGCGAUGAUUCAAGCCCGAAGGAGUAUAACGACGACGAGGAGGGCCCGGAGGAGCACCAGGUGCCGCAAGACAGGCACGAAGUGCAGCCGCAGGCGAAGGUACGUUCAGUUGUGCCAGACCACAGCUGUGGGCCCAAGGCGCCGCUUUCUGAGACGGUGGCUGCGGCCGUAGCCCCGGCUCCUGCUCCUGCCGCGGCCGAUACUGGCGCUGGCUCCGCUGGGCCAGCAGCGGCGGCGGAGGCUGACAGCAGUGCGGCACCCAGCGCCCGGCCGCCACGGCGUGCUGCCGCCGCAGCCGCCUCCCAGACGUGGCGUAAGCCAUCUGGGUCAGGUGCGGCCAAGGUGGCGGUGGCGGCGGCAGCGGUGACAGCAGGUGCAGCAGCGGCUACAGCAGCGAUAGCGGCUGGAGGUGCAGUCUGCAACGGAACUAAGGGAACCACCGCAGGUCGCCCGGCUGCGGCCCCGCUGCCACCUUCGGGUGCGGCCACGGGAAACACCGGCCCGCGGCGCACAUCCGUGCCUGUGCCUUCCGCGUCCACAGCAGCAGGCGCGCUGCCAGUCGCGCAGGCGGCGGUACCGGUGCCGCCACGUGCACAACCAGCAUCUGGAGGCCUGCCAGCGGCGUCGGGUGUGCCAGUUGCCGCGGCGGCUGACAGGUCUCUACCGGACUCGGCCGUGGCAGGUUCUUCAGACCAGCGGGAGGAGGGGUCGCGGCAAGGCACCACCGAGCCACCGGGCGCCGGCAAGGACUUGAACACGCUACACCACCGCCGCAAGACCAUCGCCUGGCAGCAGCAGCUGCAGGGCUCCAAUCCGCUCCCGCGUCCCGCCCAGCAACAGUUACAACAACACCCCCAGCAGCGGCAUGAUCAGGAGGGCAUGGUGGUGGAAACCGCCGGCGGACAGCCCGGUGCCGCGUCGGCUGGCGGGCUGGGCUGUGACGGCGGUGGCGAGCACGGGACCCUGGAGGCUGGGCAACCCGCCUACCGCAGCGCCCGCAUGCGCGGCAAGAAGAGCUGCGCGUCCUCGCCACUCUUCUCUCCAUUGCAGCCCCUUAAGUCCAGCAAGCGCGCUUCCAACGCCAGCGCGCAUCCCUCCUCCGCCAAGGCCACCGCCGCCAUGGCGGCGGCGGCUGGCGGAAGUGCGACACUGCCAGCCGCUGCCGCUGCCACCCGGAGGCGGCGCCACCUGAGUGCUGCUAGCGCGAACGACGCGCGGGCCUUUAUGACAGCGGCAGCGGAGGCAAUCGCGGCCUCGGCGGCGGCGGCCGCAGCAGUGGCGGCAGCGGCAAUGCCAGGCGGCGGCGAUGCCGGGCCGCAAGCACCCCUGCUACUGCCCAUGCCUGGGCGUAGUGCGGGUGUUGAGGACGCAGGGCGGCUGGUGGCAGACGGGCCUGGAGGUGGCUUGGCUGCGGGCGCGGGAGCGCUACUGCCCUUCACGGCGGUGGCGGAUGCCGCUGCUGCCGCCGCUGUGGUCAACGCGGCCGCGGCUGCGCAGAAAAUUUUCAGCGCUGAGGCAAUGCUGGGUGCUUCCACAAUGUCUGCCGAUGGGGCGGCAGGCGCGGGCGGGCCCAGUGGCUUGUCAGCCGCUGGUAACGGCACCUUCCCGUACCACUACGGUGCCAGCGAGAACUUUGGUACGGGCAGCAGCAGCGGGUCCGCGGCAAAGGGCAACAAGGGGCCGCGCCAGGGGCGCCGGCGCCGCUCCCUUGCCAACAUCGGCAACUUGGCGGCGGCAGCGGAAGCGGCCGAUGCCGUGGCAGCCUGGCCCCAAGGCUGCCGCAGCGUCGGAGACGGCGGCGCUGGAUUCGGCAUCAGCGGCGUAGGAACCAGCGGCGCGGUGACGGGCUCGCUGGUGGGGCUGGGCGCCGCCCGCAGUCCGCCGCUGUUCACCAGCGGCCGGGACUCAUCCGCCUACAACCUGCAGCUGCAGCAGCACCUGCUGCACUCCCAGCAACAGCAGCAGCAGCUGGAGGAGCAGCGCCGCGUGCAGCACCCGCCGCAGGAGCAGUCGCAUGACCACCACUUCCUGCUGCGGAUGGUGCGCAGCAGGGCGCCCAGCAGCAACGACGACCUGCUCUAUGACAUGGUCAUGAGCAGGAACGGCGGAGGCGCUGGCGGCUUGAGGGCUAGCCCUCGCGAUGGCGCGGCGGCUGCGGCCGGCAUGUCGCCGGCGUCCCUGCUGCAGCAGAGCAUGCCACCGCCACCAGCGCGGCUUCAGCAGCAGUCCAUGCUUGCCACGGGCCUGCUGCCCGCUGGUGGCAGCUUGCGCAAACGUGCAGGCUCCAAUGAUGGAAGCGCGGCACUGGAUCAUGCUGGCGGCAGGGGUGCGGCGGGGGAUGCUGGCGGCUUGGAUGAGCAGGUCGGGCCGCGUGCUGUCCGAAAGCAGCGCGUGGUGCGCUUCAGCUUUGGCGAGGUGACUGCGCUUGAUGAGGUGGGCACCGGCGCCGCUGUUGGCAUGGCAGCUACCGAUGCCCGUCAGCAGGCGGCGGAAGGCAGGCACUACACGGGCACUCCCGGCGGCGGCGGCGCUGAGGCUGGGGGUGGUGCCACCGGUGCUGCACAGCAGGAGGCUGCGGCGGGCGAGGCGGAGCUCAACACGGGCCAGUCCAACGUAGUCAGCGCCUUUGGCUCGCUUGCAUCGGAGCCGGGGCUUAGCAGGGAUGCUGGACAGCAGGCGGCAGCAGGUGCCGGCGCCGCCCCCACGGGGGUGGUUGGUGCCCGCCAGAAGAAUUCCACUCCACCUGAAGGCAACAUGAAUGCCGCCGCUGGCGCGGCCGCGGCACCGGGCGGCAGCGGCGGCCGCCACAGCGGUCCGAGUGGUGGUGCUGGGCCAGGCUCCGUAACGCCUGCCCCUCGCCUGCGCGGGGCGCUUGGCACGGUAUUCAGCGGCGGCAUGCUGCCUCCCGGCCUAGAGGAGGCGGAAGCGGCGUGGGAGGACGGCAGCCUGGCGGAUGCGCUCGGCUUCGGCAGUGCCAGGAGCCUUCAAAACUCCAUCCUGCGCCUCGCAGGCCUGGGCUCUGCCACACCGGGCGGGCUGUUGGCCUCGUGCCGCCUGGCGCGACAGGCCAGCGUGGACUGGAACGAGCUGCUCAACCCGCGCCUUAGCGAGGGCCUGGACCUGUUUGGGUUCUGCUACUCGUCGCAGCCCUCAGCGACCAAGCCGCGGCUGAGCGGUGGCGCGCCGUACGAGGCCGCCGAGCUGGCAACUAGUGGCGCCGCAGGAGCAGGACUGGCUGGUGCAGCAGGCGCCGCAGGCGGCGCAGGCGGUAGCGGACAGCAGCAGCAGCAGCCGCUGCAGCAGCAGCUGGUCAAGCAGGAGCAGGAGGAGAGCAAUGCGGGGGCGGGGCUGGUGGCUGACCGUCUGGGACCCGUGCGAGCCGCCCUCGGCCCCGCAGGCAUUGGUGGCGCGGUGUUUGGCGGCAGUGCAACUGGCGCCGCUGGCCUUUCUGGGCCGGCGGUCGGUGCCGGCGCCGCCGGCACGUAUGACAUUAACGCCGGCACGGCGUGGCGCACGCAACAGCAUCAUCUGCUGUCGCAGCCGCCCCAGCAGCAACACCUGAUACACCAAUCCAAGCAGCAACAGCAGGCGAUAGCUGGGCACCAGGGCUGGGGGGCUGCCGGGCGUGGCGGGGCAGCCUGGGACCUGCUGCUCGGUAGCAACCAGUCCCAGCCGCGUCAACAGCUGCAGCAUCUGCAGCAUCAGCACCAGCAAACAACCUCCGCGACAGCUGCGGUCGCGGCCAUAGCUACACUGCGUGCCGGGGCAUACGAGGACCCUUACCAUCAGGCGCGCCCAGCAGCAACCCUGCAGUACCAGUACCAGCAGGCGCAUGCAGACAUUCUGCAGCAGUUGCAUUUGAGAGCUCAUUCGGCCGCGGCGGCAGCUGCGUCAACCGCUUCAGGCGUAGCGGGCGCCAGCAGCGCCGCCUGGGGCGAUGGGUCUGCAAAUGUGAUGAGUGGCUACGGCCGCCCGCGGGCUCAGCAGCAGGCACUGGGUGCGCUGGGAUUGGUGACGGCCGAUGGUUCGGGGCAGUAUGCGGCCACGGGCUCAGCUGCUGCUGCCGUGCCUCGGGCCGCGCAACUGGGGCUGGAGCUCGGUGUGCUGCUGGCGGGUGGCGGCGGCGGCGGCGGCGGCAGCGCGUACGGCAACGGCGCCGGGUACGGCGCCGGCAAUGGGCCCCCAGGUGGCUACGGCCACAGCCGUAUUUACGGCAGCGGCGAUCUGAAUGCUGGCGGCUCUCUGCGCCAGCAGCACCAACAGCAUCAGCAGUUGCAGCAUUACCCGAACCUGCCUCCAGCGUGGCCCCAGGCUACAGCGCCCCCAGCUAGCGAGGGCUGGGCAGCAGCAAUGGGCGCCGCCCUCCGCUUGGCAGGCGGGGGCGGCGGCCCUUCCGCGGCCGAGGCAGCGCCAUUGCAGCACCAGGGCGGCGCACCAGGGAGUGGCACUGACGGCGGGUCAGCAGGCGCGGUGCUGAUGCCACACCGCGCCGUCUCAACGGGCGGGAGCGCGCUGACGACGGAGGACGCGAGCGAAAUGAGUGAGACCAGCCAGGGCGGCGCGCGCGGUUCGUACGGCUACGAUACCGGUGCUUACUAACACGGCCCGGAUUACAAAAGUGUGAUUGUAUGAUGAGGCCAGGCGGGGGGCUUGGCGCGCAAGCGACAUCCAGACCAGCCAUGUGUGUUCGGGUUGCCCCCUACCCCAGUGCGGUGCCCCUACCCUGUGAACGGUAUGGGAAAUUAGGCAAGGGAGGCAGCGGAAUCGCUAGUGCUGAGAAGUUCUGUACACUGCGCGUGCGAGUGUAUUGAAGCAAUGGCGUAGCCUGCAUGAGACGCACCCUAAUCCGUGUGACCCUCAGCCCUUCAAGGAGUACAUAGUCGCGCGGCCUGCUGUGGGCGGCACAUUGCAACAUAGAACCCGUCGAUGACUAUCUAGUAGUGAGUCUAGUGACCUAAGCGCGUGCAGGCGCAGGGUGAGUAACAACAGUAGCACGAGUAGAUGCUGUAGAGCCCAAGUAGCGGUAGGAAGGUGACCGAUAGUGUAAUGGACUAGGCGCAGUACAGUAUGUUGGUGACUCGGCGUUCAGGUAGCGACUAUAGUGCAGUGCAGGACAGCGUUGCUGAACUGCACUCGGCGUACGCGCGUGUGGCACCACAGAGGUUGAACUGCGAUCCGGUGUAAUCGCAAACCGUC